AUGGACAAAAUUGAGUGCUGGUGUGGAGAGAGAGUCUCAUUUACAACUAUGUGUUUCAGUAUUGUCCAAGGAGUUUAUGCUUUUGCUUUCUGCUCUCAGUUCAUCUUAAUUGUGUUGAGGAUCAGGGGCAUUCAGCAUCAGCUGCGCAUCCAGAAGAUUGCUGGCUUGUUCCCAGAGAUCCGAAAUCCCAUUCUUCUCCUCUAUUUUAAUGAAGCUCAGAGGUGCCCCUUUAUCUCAUUUAACAGUGAACUGAUGAUACUGGAAACAGAGCAGGAAACUAGUAGAAGGGUCAGAGGCAGCGGGAAAGCUGUUAGCUGUGUCCCGUGCAAUUCAGUCUUGAAGCAGGUAAUUAGCUCAAACACAGGAUCUACUGUUAUCUUCUUGCUGACUGACAGUGGGCAGAAAAUCAAACCGUUUACUGGUUGUCAUGGGGAUGCUGAGUUUAGCACUCUGGCACUGGAUGCAAGUGAGACGAGGCUUUUAACCGGGAGCACAAGUGGAACCGUAAAGCAUCAUGAACUUAGUGUUGGAAAGGACAGAGCAGUUGGCAUCUCCAAGAUCCUGGUACUAAAGAGGAUGGUAACGGUUACAUGUUGGGACAGGCAGCUGAUGGCAGGGUGUGAUGCUCAUGCUGGAGCUGGAUCCAUUAUCAUGGCUACUGAUAAAGCGAGUCAGGGUCUCCUAACAGCUCAGGCAGGUGAAAGUACAGAUUCCUCCCGUGAGCCUGACCUUGAGGCAGAUGCUUGCAUUCAGUUCGCCGUGUCUGGGGAGCCCAUGGGUGUUGUGACUUGCAGCCAGUCAUUGAAAAUUGGAGCCCUCAAGGAGAUGGAGGGCACAAAUGAGUCUGACUUUGCUCUUCUCCCUGAGAAAUACUUUAGGGAAAAGACAGAGGAGUGGUGCUCUGAAAAUCUGACCUUGAAAGCUGUAUUUGAUGAGAAAAGCCUGUUCCCAAAAGAAAUUCAUGAUCAUGAACAAAGAGCAAGGCAACUCUGUGAGCGAGUGUGCAGUGAAGAAUGGAGAGAAACUGAAACGCUGCAGUUGCUAACCACUUCAAACAUCAGAAUUGCUCAGUUCAGUUUAGAUAAAUGCUGCCCUAAACCAGCCAAGACCUAUAUGAGACCCAUAUUAACGGCAAGUCAUGGAAAGGCAGCCAACAGUCUUACAAAAGGCUGUGUGAAAAGCAGCAUUGAGAGUCUUGGGAUAUCAGUUAAGAAAAGUAGUGCGGUGAGUCUGAGGAAGAGAGGAAUGGAUGCAAGGUAUCAGCCUGCUUUACCUUCAGAUGUGCUGGCUGCAGAUUAG